AUGGACGCGAUAACCGAUAGGCCUAAUUGGGAGUCUGAUGUCUUCAACUCCCAGACAGCGGAGGCAUUGAGGCAAGAGAUGACAACAAGAGAGCCUCUCCUUAGCCCCAAGGCCUGGGCCUGGUGUUUGGAAGAGCUUCAGGACAAGGCAAGAUCCUUCGUGCGCACCGGCCGAGUUCUAGUCUAUGAUGCGGGCAUCCGUGUAUCCAAGUCUAGUCUCCAGGGCUCCGAACGGAUGGAGAGACUGAUCCUUGCCCCCACUGACGGAGUCGACCCCAACAGCAUGUGGGCUCAUUCUGGACAAGGAGUAGUGUCUGAGAUUGCACCUCAUGUCAAGUCCCGUGGACCCCACUCGUACGGUUAUCACUCGCCGGGUGAGGUUGAGCCCAACUUCAACCUUCCCUAUAACAUUACCUCACCCUCGGAGCUUGACACUGACUCUGACUCCGAACCUGAGCCUGGGAAACUUGCCAAGAAGAGGGCCCCACGAACUAUUUCGAACCUGUUUCAAUGGCUCCCCUGCGACAUUGUCAUCGCGGACGCAGACGCAUGUACAAGCACCGAGAUCAGCCUUCGAGCUCGUAUCACAAGUUACAUCAAUGGUCUUCAUCCGAGCACUCACGGGUCGAUGUACUCUCUCAUCGAGGAUGCCAUCUCGGCUUCGGUGUUUCCUUGGAACGAUGUACUCAUGCACGCCGGCACUAGGAAGAGGGAGAAUUACGACAUGAAUGGCAACUUUUAUAGAGAGCUCUGCUCCCUGUCCGAUGACUGGGAUAGGAUGAGCCAGUCCCAACGGGAUGAUUCGCUCGACGACAUCAUCACGAGGAUGCAAACUGCUCCAGCCCUCUGCAACACUUUCGAGGUAGAUUUCGUUCGAGCAGAAUCCAAAAUUCACGAAACCAUACGGGCUAGGCUUGAAGAAUUCCGGUAUCCGGAGCCUGGAACUUACUUCUCCUUCCAGGAUUGGAAGACAGGGAAGAACGCCUUGUACCCAGUUCAGGACAUUUCUAACACCAUUAGAUCCGACAUAUACCUCUCUGCUCAGGGCUGUCCUCACCCUUUACUCACACCCAACCCAGCGUGGCCGUGGGCAAGGAUUUCAGAAAUGGAUUCCCUCCCGGAACGGGGACCGCCGUUUAGAAAUCACAGCGUCAUUCCACUACUAGACCCCAACAGCCAGCAGCCUGGAACCGCGUGCUCUGGAGAGUUGCUCAGAUCGAUCGGGGAAGUAUUCGAUGCUGUGCAGACCUGUCCGCGCUGCUAUGUUGCCAACAAAUAUGGCGAGGACACCGGGAGUCGAGAUUGGUGUAGGGAAAAUAUUAGAGUCCACCCACGGCGGCGACGAAAUCACAAGUAUCGUGAGGUUCAACUACAUCACCAGUUCAGACAUCAGGGUCUGCAGGUCUAUGUCAAGAUGCAGACUAUCGAACUGACGCCGGAUAGGCCACAUUUCCCAGGCAGCGACUGGAUUUUAGAAGGCAUGCUCAAUGAGCACAUUGUCGCCACAUCUGUCUACACCUUUGAGCAGACCAACGUCGCUGAAGCACUUAGUCUCCAGUUCCGAGUGGCCGCGGAUUUCACCCGCGAGAACUAUUGGCUUCAUCGUUUUGAGUUUCAGAGAGCAUUCACCACAUUUGCCGUCGACCAACCUAUUGGUGAGGUUGUUACAAGGAUCUCCCAUUUCCAAACAGUUGGGUCGGUCGCGGCGCCCAAAGAAAGACUAGUUGCGUUCCCCAACGUUGUCCAGUACCGCCUCAAUCCCGUCGAACUCCAGGACCCAUCUAAACCUGGAUGUGUUCGGUUCCUUACAAUCUGCCUUGUUGAUCCGAACUACCGUGUUAUUUCGACUAAAAGAGUCGUCCCGCAAGAUUUCAGCUGGUGGAGGCGCGAUGUUUUCCCCGACGACUUCCUCAGCAGCAGAGGUCUGCCCGUCGAAGUGAGAGACCAGAUCGCCCUUGACGCAUUCGACCCAUCAAUUUUCACGCCGGAGGAGGCUACCGAUUUCCGGGCUCGUAUGCAGAAAGAGCGGGAAGAUAUGAUGGCUGAUUUGGAUUAUGAGGGCUUUAGCCAUGAAUACUUCAAUCAGGACCUACCCAGCUGA